UCUGUGGGGCUCUAUGGGCUCUGUGGGCUCUGCAGAGUCUGGGGCUCUAUGUGGUCUGUGGGGUUCUAUGGGUCCCCAUGAUCUCCCCUGCCCCACAGCUCUCCCCCACAGCUGCAGCUCUGCCCUCGACGUGGACUCUGCUGUGGUAUUUGAGGGUCCCGGUUCCUUUGGCCUCAGCGUGGCACAGAGCGACGAUGGGGUGCUGGUGGGGGCUCCCCUGGAGUCGGGGGGCCGAGGCCGUGUCUAUCGAUGCCGCGUGGGGGAGAGCAGUUGCAGGGAUGCGCACAUCAAUGGCGUCCCCGAUAUGGGUCCCAUGGCGCUGGGGAUGUCCGUGGCUGCCAAUGGAUCCCAGCUCCUGGCCUGUGGCCCGAUGGCGCAGCGGACAUGUGGGGAGAACGUGGAGGUGCCGGGGUUCUGCUUCCUGCUCUUCUCGGGCCGCUCCCUGACGACCACUCCACGAGCGUGCCCCACGUCGGCCUCCGACAUCGUGUUCCUGAUGGACGGCUCUGGCAGUGUCGCGCACUUGGACUUCUGGCGGAUGAAGACAUUCGUCACCGAAAUCAUCAGACGCUUCCGUGGGACCAACACCCGCUUCGCGGUGGUGCAGUUCUCCACGGGCGUGCAUCUCCACAUGCACUUCUCGGACUUCGACCGCCUGGCGCCGCGGGAGCUGGAGCGGCUCGUGGAGGGGGUGCAGCAGAGCAACGGCAUCACGCGGACCGCCACGGCCAUCCGCACCGUGCUGAGCAACGUGUUCCCGGGGAGCCGCGCCGGGGCCCGCAAGGUGCUGAUCGUGGUGACGGACGGACAGAAGUACGGCGACGACCUGAGCUACGAGGACGUCAUCCCGGAGGCCGAGAGCGCCGGGGUGAUCCGCUACGCGAUUGGGGUGGGCAGCGCCUUCCGGCAGCCCGCCGCCGCCGCCGAGCUGCGCGCCAUCGCCUCGGCCCCCAGCCAGGCCCACGUCUUCCGCGUGGACAACUUCGAGGCGCUGCAGGGGAUCCAGGAGCAGCUGCAGGAGAAGAUCUUCGCCAUCGAGGGGACCCGGCCGGCCUUCGGCAGCUCCUUCCAGCUGGAGAUGGCCCAGGAGGGCUUCAGCGCUCUGCUCACUCCCGAGGGGGCGGUGCUGGGAGCGGUGGGAGCCUACGAUUGGGCCGGAGGGGUCUUCAUCUACGGGGCCGAUGGGAAGGUCGCCUUCGUCAACGCGUCCGAAGGGGACGGGGGCACGAGCGAUGCCUACUUGGGUUACGCUGCCGAGUCUCUGUCUCUGGGGGGGCUCCAGGCACUGGUGCUGGGGGCCCCCCGCUACCGCCACGUGGGCCGCCUGCUCCUCUUCGUGCUCCACCACGGGGGGAAGUGGGAGCUGCGCGCCGACGCCAUGGGGCAGCAGGUGGGCUCCUACUUUGGGGCGGCACUCUGCGCGCUGGAGGCAUCGGGGGAUGGCGUGGAACUGCUGGUGGGGGUCCCCAUGUUCUAUGGGGACGGCACUGGGGGGCGUGUGGAGGUCUGCACAGUGCUGCCGCAGGGCCGUACGCUGCGGUGCCUGCGGACGCUGCGGGGACAGGCUGGCCACCCGCUGGGGCGCUUCGGGGCCAGCAUGGUGCGACUCGGGGACAUCGAUGGGGACGGGCUGCACGACGUGGCCGUGGGCGCUCCCAUGGAGGAUGAUGAGCGUGGAGCCAUCUACAUCUUCCUUGGGGAGAAGGGCAGAGUCAGUGACCGCUACAGCCAGCGCAUCGCGGGCGCCGUGUUCCGCAGCGCCCCGCACCACUUCGGGCAGGUGCUGAGCGGGGGGCGCGACCUGACGGGGGACGGGCUGCCGGACGUGGCCGUGGGCGCGCGGGGACAGGUCCUGCUGCUCAGGUCCCCGCCGGUGCUGCGGGUCAGGGUGACGGUGACCUUCAGUCCCCCGGAAAUCCCCACGUCCGCUCUCGACUGCCACGGGGCGGAGGAGGAGCCGAGCGCCACUGAGGCCGCGGCGGUGGCCAGGGCCGAGCUCUGCUUUGUCGGCACCAAGAAGACCAAGGACAGCUUUGGCUCCGAGCUCGGGGCCACCCUCCGCUACCGGCUGGAGCUGGACCCCGGCCGUGCCGCGCGUGCCGUCUUCUCGCCGGGCGGUGUCAGGAGCAACGGGACCGUGCGGGUGGGCGUGGGGCGCCGGUGCCAGACCUUCUCCAUCGCUCUGACGGGCUGCCCGGCGGACACGCUGAGCCCCGUGGGGCUGCGGGCGGCCUACGAGGCACGUGGGGACGCGCUGCACCACGCACAGGGGCUGCGUGUGGCACUCAGCCGCGACACGCAGUGGGUCGUCACCGCCGCGCUGCCCUUCGAGAAGAACUGCGGCGAGGACAACAAAUGCGUGCCCGACCUCCACAUGGACCUCAGCUUCUCAGGGCUGGAGGAGCUGGUGGUGGGCGCCACUGAGGAGGUCACCAUCACCGUCACCGUGCACAACGCCGGGGAGGACGCGUACGGGGCCCACGUGGAGCUGCGGUACCCGGCGGCGCUCUCCUACCGCAAGGCCACCACGCUGCAGCCCCACCACAGGUCCCUGGCACAGCACUGCAGCUCGGUGUCUCCGGGAGGCGGGCACAUGCUCUGCAACAUCAGCCACCCCGUGCUGUGGGCCGGCCAACGGCUGGUGUUCACUGUCACCAUGGAUGUGCCCCACGAGGCUGAGCUGGGGGACAGAGCGGAGGUGGUGGCCUCGGCCAGCAGCGUCCCCCCGCCCGUGGACUCGGUGCAGGUUCGUGCCGCGCUCCCGGUGCUGUACAGCGUGCUGCUGGUGCUCAGCAGUUCCCCGUCGUCCACGCGCUCGGUGCCCGCGGGUCACGUGUCCCUGCAGCAUCGCUACCACGUGGCCGCGCACGGCUGGCGCCGCCCCCCCGGCAACGUCAGCAUCCGGGUGCCCACGGCGCUGGGCGGGGCCGAGCUCUGGGAGCGGCUGGAGGUGGCGGGGCCACAGUCCUGUGACACUGCCCCAUAUUCCUCGGGGGUCCAGGACCCCACCCCUCUCCUGCAGCAGAACCCGGUGGUGGACUGCACCGUGGCCCGCUGCCAGGAGUGGCGCUGUCCGUGGGGUGACCCGCUGCCCCCCGGGGGCCUGGAGUUCAACGUCACGGGGCAGCUGCGGCGGGACUGGGUGGAGCAGCUGCCCCUCCCCCACGUGGAACUGCAGAGCUCGGCGCGGCUGCGGCUCGAGGGGCGGCGCUACCGGAACGCGGGGCAGGACCGGCUGCAGGUGGGCGGGGCCCGGGGGGACGACCCGUUCCGCCCCACGGAGCCCCGCAGAGCUCGCGGAGCCCCCUGUACCGCGCAGAGCGCGCGGAACCUCGCGGAGCGCGUCGCCCCGGCCCUUCUAUGGGCCCCACUAUGGGUCACGCUAUGGAUCUGGGUCUCACUAUAG